GCACCACCUCGCGUUGCCUCCCCACCAAGCAUCACCACGCAUUUGACGCAGACGCGCAGGGAAGUACGGGGGCAGGAAAAAGAGCACGGACGAUUUUGCAGCGGCGGCCUGCGGGCGGCGAGGAGGAAGACUCCCGAUCUCGGCGGAGUCGGCCGCGCGCACGCUCCCCUUCCUUUCGGCGUUGCCGUCGUCGAGCGGUAGAAGGGGGGACAGCGGGAGACGAAGACCGAUGGGGGGAGCGGGGCACAGCGUGCAUUUCUUGGACGCGUGCUUCCUCUGCCGGAGGCCGCUCGCCGGCAACCGCGACAUCUUCAUGUACAGAGGGGACACGGCGUUCUGCAGCGACGAGUGCCGGAGCGCGCAGAUGGCGGCGGACGAGGCGGCGGAGAGGAAGGAGAGGGCGAGCGGCGCCAGCGCCAGGGCGGUGACGCAUGGGGCCCUGCCCGCCAGGGAAGCCGAAGGCCCGCAGGAGCGCGGCAAGGUCCGGGCCGGGUCCAUCCUGGCCCUGUAACGAGAAACUUCUCUCGAAUCUCCCCCUCCCUCAAGGAGGACAGUCUAUGCAUGGCAUUUUCUUUUUUUCCUUUUCCUUUUCCUCCCUUUCCACGUAGGAGUAUUUCUCUACCUUACGAAACGCACCACCGGAGGUUGCCACCUUCAUGUACACGGACGGGUUUGUGUUUUUUUGAUGAAAACCCUUUGGGAGCAUCCGGUGUGUGGUGUGUGGUGGUUGUUUCUUUUUUUUUUCUUUAGUGUGCUGGCUGCCUGGUGAUCCAUGUAUGCUAUGCAUAUUGCACGCACGGACCUUGUCAUGGAGUAAUGUUACUGUUAGUCUAGUGAGGAAAUAAUAAAGAUGGCUCCUGCAA